AUGGCUUCCAAUUUUUUAAUUUACCAGGAUGAGAGAGCAUUGACUCAAAGAAAACAAGCAGAAACUAAUAUCAAAAGCGUUAGGAAUAAAAGUGCCAACAAUAUCGAUCAGAAUAAAAAGGUAUUAGUUCCAAAUUAUGCCUUGCCAACAAUCGCAUCCAAAAGAUAUGUAUCAAGCAUUGAGAAAAGUAAAAGCACCAGCUCCACUUUCAAAAUACCCCAAACCAAUGGUCUUCCAAAACGAAAAUCCUACUAUAACUACAGUAGUCGAUCGAAGUCAAACACAAUCCAUCAUAAUAGAACGAAUCCGACCCUUCUAAACAGUAACCAAACCAACAAUAAAAGCUAUACUCUCAACAAUUCAAAAUUGGCAGCAACUCCGGGUAAAGAAGCUCCUUCUUUCACAAAACUAUUUGAUUUAUCACCAAAACGAUUUGAUCAUGUUCAAAAACAUAAUAUAACUGUUUCAACUAAUUCUAACCCAAUUAAAGUCCGAAAUCCAUUCAAGGAAGAAAGUUCAGAAAAUUCUUUGUUAAAUGCAAAAUCUUCAUUCAAUGAUACUUUGAAAAUUAAAAACUUUUCUUCGAUAAAUGAUUUAAAAAAUCUUGAUUUGAGAAAUUAUGAUCAUUUAACUGAUGACAAAGAAAAUUUAAAUGCUGGUUCUUUAUUAAAUACGAGUGGAGAGUAUAUUCCUAAUCCAACCUUGAGGUGUUUAUCCCCUCAAAAAUUAAAAGCCAGGGUUUCUCCAUUAAAGGAAACAGUAACUCAAUAUGAGAAGAUUUCUUCAGCAAAUUUAGCAACCAAAACCAAUGCCGAUGAUUUGAAUAGCAGUCGUUAUCAAAAGAUAUCAAACAGUAUGAAAUCAUUAAAGGGAAUUUACGAGAAUCUAGUUGAGUUUGCUGCCCCUAUUGAUUCAACUAAUUCAUUUAUUUCCAAUUUUAAUUCUGGUUUCUCAUCAUUCGAUUAUACUCAUGAAUAUAACACACCUUAUUAUUUUUCUCCAAAUUAUCUAAGAAAUUAUGCAAAAGAUAAAGAAAACCUUUCGAAAUACGAAUGGGAAAAUUUUGUGAACAGUUACUCGAACAUGUUUGAUACAUUGAUGAAUCGGAUCAAAUGUUUUCAAUUUGACUUGGAUAAUUUGCUUUAUAAAAUAGAUGAAAACACAAACAAGGAAAUGGUUGUAUUAACGCAGCUUAUGGGAAUUGUGAAUAAAAUUGAAAAUGCAAACCUAAAAAAUGAAUUGGAAAACAAGAUGGGAUUAUUAUCAGCAAUUAUCAAUAACAGUGAUAAAAUACAAAGUUAUCCAAUGGAAUCUGUUUCUUCUAUUGACUCUUAUUUCAACAAUAGUUCAAACGAUGCAUUAUUUGGUAGUUCACUUGGCGAUAAUUUUACGCUCAACAAGAUGAAAUACCUCAACAGUGCUUUCGACGCCGAUACUGCUGGAAGCAUCAGCAAGAAUAGCAUGAGCAAAGCAAAGAAAGAUGGCAUUGAGAGCUGUAUGGCUGCAAAUUGUUUACCAAAAGCUAGGACUGAGCAGCAAUUUCUCUCGCCAUUGACCGAUUUUUCCAAUAUUUUUUAUUCUCCCACAUUUGACGAAGAAAAGAACGUUGAAACAAAUGAAACUUACGGAUCAAGUAUCAGUGAAACUAAUUCCAUUGAGAAUUCAUGUCUGGCCAGUAUUAACUUAAAGUAUAAUCCGAUAGGUGAUUAUGAGGCUUCUUUUGUUUCUGGGAAUAAGUCAGAUAAAGAAAAUAUCAACCUAGAAGAGAAUAUUAACCAAGAUGAAAUUUCAACGGAUCAUGGUAUUAAAUAUGAAGAUGUAAAGAAUAAAGAGCUUGACCCUGUUGUAAUAAAAGCUGCUUUGGCAGUAAAAGAGAAUUAA